AUGCAUCGACCAACAUUACCGAUCCAGGGCCUCCCGGUCUGGGCUCGCCUUAACGGCGUCUCAUUCCACAAUAUUACCGUCGCUAAUACUGAGGGUAAAGGCUACGGCGUGGUGUCCAACACAGAAUUGAAUGCGAGUCAAGAUACGGCUGACGGCCCGGUUCUGCUCUCGGUACCACAUGGCCUUAUUCUGAACGCUGCUGCCGUGGAGGAGUACGCCAAGGAGGAUAAGAGCUUCAAACAGUUGCUAGACGCUGUUGGUCGCAGGUCUUCGCGAGCUGAUGUGUUACUCUUCCUACUCGUCCAGUCGGUCCUCGCCGCUCACCCAAAUCACGCAGGCAGCUUAGGUGUCUCAAACCCGUGGACAGAGUACAUCAAAUUCUUGCCCGAAACAGUCCUCGUCCCCACGCUCUGGACAGAGAAUGAGCGGCUACUACUCCGAGGGACAUCACUCGAGGCUGCCCUCGACGCCAAGAUAUCAUCUCUCGACGCCGAGUUGGGACUGGUUCAGGCGAAAUCAGCACACAUCGUGGCGUGGAACGAUCUGCUCUGGCACGGGGUAGUCCGCGGAAAGGAAGUAGAGGAUCCCUCCCCAGUAGAGUUUACAGACUGGAUCCGGCUCGACGCGCUCUACCGCUCACGGUGCCUCGAACUGCCCCGGUCCGGCGAGUCCAUGGUCCCCUGCAUCGACAUGCUCAAUCACGCCGCCGAACCGUCAGCGUACUACGAGGAAAAUGCCCAAGACGAGGUUGUGCUGCUCCCACGCCCGGGCGUUGCCGUGGCACAGGGUAGCGAAAUCACCAUCAGCUACGGCGCGGGCAAGUCGGCGGCCGAGAUGCUGUUCAGCUACGGGUUUAUCGACCCGUCCUCAAUUACCGAUAGCCUAGUCCUGCCCUUAGCGCCGUUCCCCGACGAUCCGCUUGCAACAGCAAAACUCGUGGCUUUUGGCCAGGCACCCCAGAUCCACGUGGCGCGUGGGCCGCCACCAUCACAGGGGAUCGGGCGGGCCGAGAACGACGAGCAACAGGGGCAACAAAAAGAAGAAGAAGACGGUGACAGUGACAUCCACUGGACGAGCCCGUUUGCGUACUUGAUGUGUAUCAACGAGGAGGACGGGCUCGAGUUCCGCAUCUUACAGCAGACGGACGGCGCACAACAACUCUGUGUCUUUUGGCAGGACGAGGACGUGACGGAGCGGACAGGCGAGUUUGAGGCGUUGGUGCGGCAGCACCCGCUAGCGGCAGUAUUCCGCCUACGCGUCGUGACCGUGGUGCAGGAAGCGCUGCAAACGCAGCUGGAGCGGCUGGGUGAGACAACGGCCUCGGCUUCUUCGAUGGGGGUGGAAAAGUCAUCAGCGUCAACUUCGAUUUCGACACCGCCCAGGACGGAAUGCGUCCGCGCGGCGGCCGCGCUGCGCGAGCUUGAGAUGAACAUUCUCGAAGGCUGCAUCGGGAAGCUGGAAAACGAGAAAAACGCAUUGCUGGGGGAUGACAACGUGGUGGCUUAUCUCGGACUGGCGGAAGUUACCGAAUCGGGACAAGUGGACGACGAAACGUCCAAUGACGCCGGCGAUUUCAGCUGA